CCCUUUUCGCGGCGGGCCCCUUUUCGCGGCGGGCCCCUUUUCGCGGCGGCACCGCGCGGCGGAAGGCGGAAGGCGCGGCGGGGGGAGGCGGCGGCGGCGGCGGCGGCGGCCGCCAUGGAUGACCAGGGCUGCCCGCGGUGCAAGACCACCAAGUACCGCAACCCGUCCCUGAAGCUGAUGGUCAACGUGUGCGGGCACACGCUAUGCGAGAGCUGUGUGGAGCUGCUGUUCGUCAGGGGAGCCGGCAAUUGCCAGGAGUGCGAUACCCCCUUGCGGAAGAGUAACUUCAGGGUACAGCUCUUCGAGGAUCCUGCCAUUGACAAGGAAGUGGAAAUUCGGAAGAAGGUGCUGAAAAUAUACAAUAAAAGAGAGGAUGACUUUCCCAGUCUGAGUGAAUAUAAUGACUUCCUGGAAGAAAUAGAAGAAAUUGUGUUUAACUUGACCAACAAUGUGGAUUUGGAGAACACCAAAAGGAAGAUGGAAAUGUACCAGAAGGAUAACAAAGAAGUCAUUCAGAAAAAUAAGAUAAAACUGACUCGGGAGCAGGAGGAGCUGGAGGAAGCUUUGGAGGUGGAGCGACAGGAAAAUGAACAAAGACGGCUGCUCAUACAGAAGGAAGAACAUUUACAGCAGAUUAUAAAAAGGAAGAAUAAACAGGCUCUCUUGGAUGAACUGGAGAGCUCCAGUCUUCCUGCUUCCCUGCUUUUAGCUCAGCAUAAGGACAGAUCUACUCAGCUAGAAAUGCAAUUGGAAAAACCCAAAACUGUCAAACCAGUCACGUUUUCCACUGGCAUCAAGAUGGGUCAGCAUAUUUCCUUAGCUCCCAUUCAAAAACUAGAGGAAGCUUUGUAUGAGUAUCAGCCUCUGCAAGUGGAGACAUAUGGACCACAAGUUCCAGAGCUGGAAAUGCUGGGAAGGCUGGGGUAUCUCAACCAUGUUCGAGCUGCCUCUCCUCAGGAUCUUGCCGGGGGCUACACCUCCUCUCUUGCUUGUCACCGAGCCUUACAGGAUGCUUUCAGUGGUCUUUUCUGGCACCCCAGUUAGUCGCUGUACCUCAGCCUGUGAUAAAGGGACACUGAAUGGUGUGGAAAGCAAGUCAAACCAGCAAAGGUUGGGUAAAAUUGUUGCCAUCUGCACAAUGGUUAAGCUGCAGUCACUUUUCUGUGUAAAACCAGCUGUGUUUAAGUGUUAAAUGGGGAAAAAAAGUCUGCACAAGAGCUUUGUAAAAUGGUAGAUACAUUUUUGUGGAGGGGGAAACUCGUUAGUCAUGUGGCACUUUGCUGAGGGAGGCUGAAGCAAUAAGCCACAUCUAAUGGAAGAUGUGAAUAACUCAACUGUGUAUGUUUGAGGUUUAAAGAAAUACACUUGUAAAUUUUUUAAAAUAAAGCCAGACUUUUUUUUAUUAAA